UUGUAAGAUAAAUUAACAUUUAAGGUUUGAAAUGACAGACGGUUAUUCUGCCGCUGAGUUUUUUAAUUUUACCAAGUUCUCACUCUCCUAUGAAGACCUCAUCCUACUACCAGGGUAUAUAAGUGAUUCUGUGGAUAAAGUGGAUUUGACGACUCAUGUUUCAAGGAAUAUUAGACUUAGAAUUCCUAUCGUAUCCUCACCUAUGGAUACCGUUACAGAAUCCAAAAUGGCCACAGCAAUGGCUCUUCUCGGAGGACUGGGUGUGAUACAUAAUAAUUUAUCGAUAGAGGAUUUGGUGAAGGAGGUGAAGGCAGUGAAGAGGUUUGAGAAUGGCUUUGUUCAGAAUCCUCUUUGCCUCAAACCUACUUCUACUGUUUCUGACUGGGUUCAGAUCAGAGAUAAAUUCGGUUUCACAUCUGUCCCGAUAACGUCUGAUGGUAAUGCUGGCUCAAAGUUAUUGGGAAUUGUAACAAAGACAGACAUGUAUUUUGUGGAGUCUAAGAAUGUCGUGUUGGAGGACAUUAUGAGUACAGAUUUAGUGGUUGGAAACCAUCCAAUGAAACUUCACGACGCAAAUGAAUUGCUAUUCAUGUCAAAAAAAGGCGUUUUGCCAAUUGUCAAUGAAAAUUAUGAGCUCAUGUCAAUUGUAACCAGGUCUGAUUUCUACAAGAAUAAACUCUACCCGAACGCUUCCAAAGAUGAUAAUAAACAAUUACUCGUUGGUGCAGCUAUCUCCACUAGGGGAAAUGGAUUGGACACUGCUAAGAAGUUGAUAGAUGCCAAGGUGGAUAUACUAGUUGUGGAUUCAAGUCAGGGGAAUAGUGUUUUCCAAAUUGAUUUAAUUAAGCAACUAAAAUCAGUUUAUCCAGAUUUCCAGGUUAUGGCUGGAAAUGUUGUGACAGCCCAGCAAGCUAAGAACUUAUUAGAAGCUGGUUGUGACUCUAUUAAAGUCGGUAUGGGUAUCGGGUCCAUCUGUACCACUCAAAACAUAUGUGGUGUUGGAAGAGGACAGGCGAGUGCUGUAUAUUAUGUUAGUCGUUAUGCUUUUGAACAUUGGAACGGCAUCCCCAUUAUCGCCGAUGGUGGCAUCAAAUCCUCCGGUGAUAUCGUUAAAGCCCUAAGUUUGGGGGCUAGUUGUGUGAUGGGAGGAAGUUUAUUUGCCGGUAGUAAGGAGACGCCUGGUGAAUAUUACUUUAACAACGGUGUAAGAAUGAAGAGUUAUAGAGGCAUGGGUAGCAAAGAUGCUAUCAAAGAUUCAAUGCAGAAUUUAGGACUCAUGGGUUCAUUAAGUAGAUAUCAUCUGAUUGAUGAGCCGAAUAUACUGUCACAGGGUGUAUCCGGAUUAGUUAUUGAUAAAGGAAGUGUAAAUAAUAUUAUACCCAAUUUAACCCAAGGUGUGAAACAUGGAUUUCAAAAUCUUGGUGUGUAUAGUAUUAAAGGGUUACAUGAAGCACUUUAUUCUGGACAAUUAAGAAUGGAACAAAGAACACCUCAAUCCAUUAAUGAUGGGCAUGUAUCCAAGUCUAUUACUAAUCCCAAAUAAUAUCAUUUACUAAUGUA